AUGAACAGCAAUAUUAUCCUUUUCGUAACAUUUCUUGCUCUUUUAUCUUCAGCUCUAGCCGCUGAUGAGACAGAGACUGAGUUUCAUUACAGAAAAGGUGAGGAAGCCGAUCCCUCGAAAUGGAGCAGUAUCAAGCCUGAAUGGAAGAUUUGCGGGACAGGGAAGAGACAAUCGCCAAUCGAUCUUACUCCCCAAAUAGCUAAAUUAGUUCAUAACUCUACAGAGCUUCUUCAGACAUACUACAAACCAGUAACAGCUACUCUCAAGAACCGUGGAUACGACAUGAUGAUUUCAUGGACAGAGGACGCAGGGAAGGUCGUGAUCAACAAAACCGACUAUAAAUUGGUUCAAAGCCACUGGCACGCACCUUCAGAGCAUUUCCUCAAUGGAGAAAGGUUGGCCAUGGAACUUCACAUGGUGCACAAAAGCGCAGAAGGACACUUGGCAGUUAUCGGAAUUCUCUUCAGAGAAGGUGCACCGAAUGCUUUCAUUUCACGGAUAAUGGACAAGAUCAAUUCGAUCGCAGACAAACAAGGAGGAGAGGCAAUCAUAGGACAGAUAGACCCAAGAGAGGAGUUCGAAUGGGAUCUAACGAAAUUCUAUGAAUAUAGAGGAUCGCUCACCACUCCUCCUUGCACGGAAGAUGUCAAUUGGACCAUCGUCAACAAGGUCGGGACUGUUUCACGUGAGCAAAUUGACCGAGUGGUCGAUGCUCGUCGCGGUGGUUAUGAGGCGAACGCAAGACCAGCUCAAGCGCUCAACGGACGUGUUGUUUUCCUAAAUGAACAGGCCCGCCGUUAG